UGUCAAUCAAAUGUAAUCAAAUUCAUAGUUAAAUUAGUAUUUGUUUUUCACAAAUAAUUAAAAUGUCUCGUGUCCCAAAAUUAUCGACAAGAACUGUUACAUUAGAUGUCACAUCAUCUGAAACUAGUAGUGAAAGUUCUGAAACUAGUAGUGAAAGUUCUGAAACUAGUGAUUCAUAUUCGUUUGACGAAUCUAUUGUGUCACUCAAUUUUUUUACAAAAUUUCGUAAGCUGAUAAUUAUAAUUCUGGUUGUUAUAAUGUUAAUUACGAUAGCUUUUUUCUUAUGGGGUGCUGCCGCCGGAUUUUUCAUAUACAACUUUACAUGGCUUUCAACAAAGGGAUUAAUAGGGAAAGCACCAGAUUAUUGGAAGGUAUUCUUUAGCAAGCGAAUGUAUGUUUCUUUUGAAGUUCAUCCAUUUAGUAUUGCAAAUGUAGAUGAUGUUCUCAAAGGGAAAAAACCAAGGAUGAAGGAAGGUCCAACCAUAUCUUUUAGGCUUAUAUCUCGUAAAAGUAAUAUUACAUAUUCUAUAGACAAAGAUGACGUGACGUUUGAUGAAAAAUGUGACGCACAGGUUACAGACAAAUCUCGGCAUAAUUAUGAGCAGACAAUUCAUUCUAUUGUAAAUGUCCCCUUCUGGCUAACACUAUUACUUGGCUAUGACAUUUAUGGAACUUAUGCUGAUACCCAAAUAUUUGAGCUCCUAAAAAAUCCCAGUGUAGCAUUUGAAGACAAUUCGCCUCUUACUGCAGAUUUUACUCUAAAAUCCCUUUUGUUUGGAGGUCACAAUCUAUUUUGUAAAUCCAAAAUCAAAAUUUGUGUGAAGAUUCGGCACAUGAUAGAGAAAACCAAGUCGCGUACUUUUGUACUUAAGGAAGAUGGUAUUGAUUUUUCCUUAUUUGCUUAUUUAUUUGGAAAGUUUAAUGUUACGGCAACAAUGCAUUCCGGAAUACGGAAUACAAAAAUGGCAGGACAUCUUAAAAAGCUUAACGGACAAGAACUUAUAACCACGUGGGAUAAUGGAAGCACGACGUCUACGUGCAACAAAAUUCGCGGUUUGUUUCACUUUUAUCCUGGUUCAGGAAAUGGCCUACAAGAUUUCGAGCUAUGGAUUAGUGAAUUAUGCAGGCCUGUAAUGUUUAGAUAUAAGGCCGAAAAAAGCGAUGACGAUUUCCUUCAAUUUGAAAUAAGCGAUGAUACUUUUUUUAACAAUUUGGAUCGUCACCUUUGUUAUUGUAGAAAUAAUCCUCGUAAUCGGUAUUGGUAUCGAUCUUGUUUUAGUGGAGUUAUGGGACUUGUUGAUUGCCUUGGUUCGUCUUUAAUGGUAUCCUUUCCUCACUUUAUUAACUCAGCUGAACAAUUUACAUCAAAAGUAGAAGGCCUGCAGCCAAACUUACAAAAACAUACUUCAAGAAUCAUUAUGUAUAAAAAAAAUGGUUCAUUCACAGAACUUUCUAUUAAAUACCAAAUAAAUGUUCCAAUCUUUAACGUUGAUAGAAUUCCCAUACUUGCCAAAGUACCUUGGGCACUCGUGCCUAUUAUGUGGAUUGAGCAGAAACUUCUAGUGACAGCUCAAGAAAUGCAAGAUUUUAUUAAGGUAUCACCGUACAGUCGUGCAUUCCAUGAAGAAAUGGUCCCUGUGAAUAUUUUUCGGUUUACAAUGAUUGUAGUAUGCCUUUUGAUUUUGACUGUCUGCAUAAUAUUACUAACUUUAUUGAUUCUAAAAACAAAGCCGCCUUUGGAGUUAAAAGUUAAAGAUUUCGAUGAAAAAGAUUCAAUAUAGUGUCUCUUGUUCCAAGAUAAGAACAUUAAAACUCUAAGUAGACAUACUGUACUUUUGCUAAUAUAGAAUAUAAUAUGUUCUUAAAAAUAA